CGCUCCCAUCUGCUCAUUCACACAGACACUCGCUAUACUUCUCUCUCUCUCUCUCUCUCUCUCUCUCUCUCUCUCUCUCCCCCAAAUGGCUCAUCUGCUCUGCAUUGUAUCUCUGCUAUCGCUUUUUGUGGUGGCUAACGCAAGAAUCCCCGGGGUUUACACCGGUGGCUCGUGGCAAAGCGCCCAUGCUACUUUCUAUGGUGGCAGCGACGCCUCUGGAACUAUGGGUGGUGCUUGUGGGUAUGGGAACCUUUACAGCCAAGGGUAUGGAGUGAACACAGCAGCGUUGAGCACAGCUCUCUUCAACAAUGGUCUCAGUUGCGGUGCUUGCUUUGAAAUCAAAUGUGCAAAUGAUCCCAGAUGGUGCAAUCCUGGUAGCCCAUCCAUCUUCAUAACCGCCACCAACUUCUGUCCUCCAAACUUCGCUCUGCCCAGCGACAAUGGUGGGUGGUGCAACCCACCUCGUCCCCAUUUCGAUCUCGCCAUGCCCAUGUUCCUCAAGAUCGCCGAGUACCGCGCUGGAAUAGUCCCCGUGGCAUACCGCCGGAUACCAUGCAGGAAGCAAGGCGGCAUUAGAUUCACGAUAAAUGGAUUCCGUUACUUCAAUCUGGUUCUGAUCACGAACGUUGCAGGUGCAGGGGAUAUAGUGAAGGUGAGCAUCAAGGGAUCAAAAACAGGGUGGCUGACCAUGAGCAGAAAUUGGGGGCAAAAUUGGCAAUCAAAUGCAGUGCUUGUGGGGCAGUCUCUUUCGUUUAGGGUCACGGGCAGUGAUAGGCGCACAUCUACUUCCUGGAACAUCGCACCACCUAAUUGGCAGUUCGGUCAGACCUUCACGGGAAAGAAUUUCCGCAUCUAAUUUACCUUCCCAUGAUUUUAUUUUCAAAUCAAUUUUUUCUUUGAACUUUAUGGACUAUAUUAAUGUUUCCCUCCUUCGAUUUUCCUAAAUUUUCUCGGGAAAAUUUGAUAUGGGGGUAAAGAAAAGUAGAUAUGGGGAUUUUGGUUGUGGACAGGGGAAAGGGGAAAAGUGUUGUCUGUGGUAGCCUUUUUCUUUAUACUAUGGACUCCGUGUUUUGGAGAAAGGGGUGGGUGUUUACUUUUUUACUGUUUACUGUGUUGGUGAAAAUGUUUAAGAAGCUGAAGCGGCUGCACUAAGGAAAAACAUGUAGCCCGCAGCCUCUUGAGUAAUUCAGUCUCAAGUCUCUAGAUUGUCCUGUUCCUACUUCCUAGUAAUGUUAUUAUCAUAGUUAUUCAUAA